AUGGGUCAAGCGGAUUCCAGACUCGCUGAUUCCCCGGCCGUCCCGAAUGACCCCGCCACUGUGGAGGUCACCGUUACCUGGAACGAUCCUAAUGGAUCGGCAGUUUACUGUAUUGGCUCCUUCAACAACUGGACGGAGCGGUUGCCUCUUCAGCGCAACCACUCGGGAACAUGGUUUGCAGUUCUUUAUUUACCUCCAGGCAUCUAUCAGUAUAAAUUUAUAGUGGAUGGAAAUUGGGUGUGUGCGCCUGAUCAGCCCCAAUGCCGCGACAACGACGGAAACCUGAACAAUGUGAUCCAGAUUUCUGUCUCGGGCCACCUUACAGAGCCUGCGAAUCAGGAAGAUGCCCGUUGUGAUUUUAGGCCCGGGGAGUCGCACCGAGAGAUCGAUGCGUGGUUCACUCUGUCGAUUCCAGAUAAUCCCAGGGACGUGUGGAAGAGCUUUCCAUCUGAGGUGCCGAAGCAGCUCCUGAAGACCAUUCUCAACGAGACCAUCUCUAAGACAGACACAUAUGAGCCUACACUGCUCCUGCCAAUCCCCGAACAUGUCACGCUCACGCACUUCUUCCGCCAAAAGAGGCGGAAGAUGAUCACCGCGACCUCUGCGUCUAUCAAGUAUCGCAGCAAGUACCUUACUGUCGUGCUCUACUCGCCGUCCGACGAACCCGUCAACAUCCCUGACCUGAGCAGAGUUAUACAUGAUUACGUAGCAACCAACAAUAUCAGACCAGAUGUCUAA